AUGCCCUUCCGCAAGCGACUGCGCGAGCACGGCCGCGCCUUCGAGCGCUUUGUCCUCUGCGGGCCUGCCGAGGUCGACCCAGCUCAUCACCCUCAAGCCCGUCGCCCAACGAGCAAAGCCAACUCGCUCGACGCCGCACGCCGACUAAACGACAACGACAGUCGCAAGUCGAGCACGACGACUGCAGGCUCGCAGAGCGAGUCGAGCGGCGAGGGCACCGUCGUUCCGAGCGAGGCGCCGCAUCUCGGUCCUCCCGGCUCGCCGCUGUCCCCACUGCGCGCGUCGGUCCUCUUCCGCCCGGCGUCCCAGCAUUCGCAGCGGGGCCAAACGUACCCGUUCCUCGACACCGAGUACACGCCCCCCUCGCAGCGGAGCCAGGGCCUCGAGACGACCGCACGGACCCGCGAUCCGCGCGCAGAGGGCCACCGCUGGUCGACCCUGUCGGGCCGGUCGUACGCGCCCUCGGCAGUAUCGCAGGGUGAUGCCCAUGUCGGGAGCGUUCGAGCACUUGACAAGCCGGUCUUCCGAGGGCAAGCCAGAGAGGUGAACGUCGAGAAACCUCGGCGCCACCGCGACAAAGCUCUACCGCCGUUGCCUGGCGACAGCCCGUACGGCUCGAUCGGGACGCUUCUCAACGGGCCUCGCCGCCGGUAA